AGCGGAAAGAAACAUGUUGCGUCUCUGCACGCUGCAGUUUAUCGUUGCUGUGCUUUGGAGAGUGGUGGACUGUCGAAGCAUCCUAGAAGGAUUGCAGAGGUUCUCAACCACCCCCACAUACCUCCCUGUGAACUAUCAGGUGCUCAACGCUGAGUCCUUCUUCUUCCUGAAGGAGGCCAAUCAGGACAUCAUGAGAAACUCAAGCUUGCAGUCACGCACCGAGCCAUUCUUCAUAUACGAAGCCCGGAAGAUGCCUUCGGUGAAUGCUAGCUAUGGGCCCCUGUCGGUGGAGCAGCCUGUGAACAUGGAACUCCUGCAGAGCCCCAAUGCGUUUGUGGCCUCCUCCAUGUUCACCUUCAACUGGAAGGUGCAGACCUUCAUAAUCAGCGACAGGAUCUACCUGAGCAAGCCCAAGGUGCAGGUGCUCUUCUACGUGGCCGGCCGAGACUGGGACGACUACAGCACCAUCGCCAAGCUUCCCUGCAUCAAAAUGUUCGCUUUUCACGAGACCCAGGAGGUUCGGGGCAUCUGCCGUCUCAAGGGGGAGUUGGGCCUGUGUGUAGCGGAGCUGGAGCCCCUGGCCGGCUGGUUCAGCCCACCCAGCGUGGUUCCCGGGCGGCAGAGGACCCCCGAGCUCCCUGAGGGGACCCCUGUUGAGCUGUACUACAUGCUGCAGUCCUCUGAGAGUGGGGACUGUAGCGCAGACGACUCCCGGAAAGGCAACUCCAUCCGCUCAGACCAGGAAGGGCUUUUUGGCUCCUCUACAUCCACGCCCAUGAAGAGAAUAGGGAGUGUGCGGCUAUACCAGAGCUCCGCCAGCAUUCCUCUGAAAGAGCAAAGGCUGGAUAGUAACUUCAUGGUGUUGCUGCCCUCUCGACCCAUCAGACAAAGGGAUACUGUCACCGCCUACCUCACUACAUCCGCUUUCUCCACUGUGGAAAUGUUCACCCUUAGGGUGAAGUUAAAAGAAGGAGUGGCCUUCUUGGGUGCAAGGCCCAGCAACCCCGCCCUGUGGAUGGUGAGCCAGGACGCUCGGAGCGAGGGCCACAGAGUGGUCACCCUGCACUGCCGCAGGAAGGACUCCAGCUACGGCCAGAGGAAGCCACCUGCCAGGGCCAUACUGCCCAUGUACAGAGACUGCUCUCUCAGCAAACUUGCUGUAAGACAGAUCCUGGUAGAUGAACUGAAGCUCUCACACCGGAUGCUCUUAAGGGAGUGA